GCUUUAGGUGACUUGUCAAAAUUGAAUUUUCUGAAAACUGUUUCAUUCAUAAAUAUAGGUUCAUACAAUACAAAUUAAAGACUAUUGCUGUUAAUCAAGUAAACAUUUGAAGAUGACUGUGAAAAAUAAGCCUGAUGAACCGAAAAAAGAAAAAGCAGAGGUCGCGGCGGCGACAAGCGAUGAUCUGUCGGAAGAAGAUAAACGUCUUCAAGAAGAGUUGAACAUGCUGGUUGAAAAACUAGUGGGUAACGAUGUUGAGCUGUACUUUCCAGCAUUGCAAAUGCUUAGUAAUCUCAUAAGAACAUCCACAACUUCUAUGACGUCGGUUCCUAAACCCUUGAAAUUUUUGCGUGAGCACUACCCUGCAUUGAAAGAAGUUUAUGAAAAGAUUGCAGACCCAAAGACCAAAAAAUUCUGCGCUGAUGUAGUGUCUGUGCUGGCCAUGGGUGUAAGUGGAUCUCAGGAUGCUACUGAAAAACGAGAAUGUUUAAAGUAUUGUCUACUGGGCACAAUGUCUAAUGUUGGUGAUUGGGGUCAUGAAUAUGUAAGACAAUUGGAAGGUGAAAUUGCUGAGGAGUGGAAUGUUGAGAACAUGGAUACACUAUUACCUCUAGUCAGAGAUGUAGUUACCUUUGAUAUGCAGCACUCUGCUGAAAUCCAAGCCUGUGACCUCCUUAUGGAAAUCGACAGACUAGAUCUGCUUACACAGCACAUGGAUCAGAGCAACUAUCCACGUGUCUGUCUUUAUCUUAUUGGAUGUGCUAGUUAUGUAGUGGAACCUGAAUCCACACAGAUUCUUCAGGGGGUGUUGGACACAUAUUUGCGGUUUGGGGAAUAUCCCAGAGCUCUGCUUGUAGCCAUGCAGCUUCAUGACAAAGCCAAAUGUGAAGAAGUUUUCAAUGCUUGCACUGAUCCACUAAUAAAGAAACAAUUGUGCUACAUGCUUGCCAGACAAUAUGUCCCAUUAGACUUGGAAGAUGAAGAUCUACGCACCAUUCUUCUUAAUGCCCACAUAAAUGACCAUUUCUUAAGUCUAGGUAGAGAGCUUGAUAUCAUGGAACCAAAAACGCCUGAAGAAGUAUAUAAAACUUGGCUAGAGUCUGCUGGUUCAGCUCUCCGACCAUCUCUUUUAGCUGAGCACCCUGUUGACUCAGCUCGACAAAACCUAUCGGCUACAUUUGUAAAUGCUUUUGUGAAUGCCGGAUUUGGACGUGACAAACUUGUCACUACAGAUGAUGGCAAUAAAUGGAUGUAUAAGAACAAAGAUCAUGGCAUGCUGUCAGCUGCCGCGUCUCUGGGCAUGAUCCACUUGUGGGACGUGGACGGCGGUCUAACGCCUAUCGACAAGUACUUGUAUACGUCUGACGAGCACAUAAAGGCGGGUGCUUUGCUCGCGCUCGGGCUCGUCAACUGCGGCGUGCGCAACGAGUGCGACCCCGCACUCGCUCUUCUCUCCGAUUACGUGUUGCAUUCCAGUUCUAACCUCAGAAUUGGAAGUGUUCUCGGUUUGGGUAUCGCGUACGCGGGCACUCAGCGCGAAGACGUUUUGUCUCACCUCCUGCCUGUACUCAGCGACACGGCCGCACCCGCUGAGAUCUGCGCCCUCGCUGCCAUCUCCUGCGGCCUCAUAGCCGUCGGCUCCUGCAACGGUGACGUGACCUGUGCUAUUAUCCAACGCCUUAUCGAUGACAACAAGGAUUUACACUCCUCAACGUACGCCAGAUUUUUACAUUUGGGUCUUGGAUUAUGUUUCUUAGGUUGCAAGGAACGAACGGAAGCUACUAUGGCCGCAUUGGAAGUAUUACCUGAACCGCAACAGUCGCUCUGCCAGACUACCUUGUCUAUGUGCGCGUACGCAGGCACCGGCGAUGUGCUCGUCGUACAACAAAUGUUGCAUAUCUGCUCCAAACAUUAUGACACUGAUAAUGAACAAUCAUCAGCUGAGGACACUGCCUUCAAGAAGCAAGACAAAAAAGAGACUAAGGAGAGCACCAGUUCUAGCUCUAGCUCCAGCAGCAGCAGCAGCAAAGAUGAUAAGAAUAAAAGUAAAUCGAAAGACAGCAAGAGCAAGGAGAAGGACAAGGAAAAGGAGGCAAACAAAGAGUUGUCGUCGGUACAAGCCGUGGCGACGCUGGGCGUGGCAGUGAUCGCAAUGGCCGAAGAAACCGGCGCUGAGAUGUGCACGCGGAUCUUCGGACAAUUGGGUCGUUACGGCGAGCCGGCGGUGCGUCGCGCCGUGCCCCUGGCUAUUGCGCUGUGCUCCGUCUCAAACCCUCAACUGGCGGUCAUCGACGUACUCAACAAGUAUUCACACGACUCGGACAACGACGUCGCGUACAACGCUAUCUUCGCCAUGGGUCUAGUUGGAGCAGGCACCAAUAAUGCCAGGUUGGCAACAAUGCUGCGCGCGCUCGCAUUGUACCACGGCAAAUCACCGGUGCACCUGUUCAUGGUGCGGCUCGCGCAGGGGCUCUGCCACGCGGGCAAGGGCACCGUGACGCUGUGCCCCGCGCACGCCGACCGCCGCCUCGUCAACCAGCCCGCGCUCGCCGGCCUGCUGGUCGUGCUCACCGCCUUCCUAGACUGCAAGAACAUAAUUCUCGGCAAAUCGCACUACUUAUUGUACGUGCUGGCUACGGCGAUGCAGCCCCGUUGGCUCGUCACCCUCGACGAAAACCUGCAGCCCCUCAACGUCAGCGUGCGCGUCGGACAGGCUGUGGACGUGAUUGGCAAAGCCGGCACACCUAAGACCAUAGCCGGUUCUCACACACACACCACUCCAGUGCUGCUCUCGUUCGGCGAGCGCGCCGAGUUAGCCACCGACGAGUAUAUCCCGCUCUCGCCUGUUAUGGAGGGCUUCGUCAUCCUCAAAAAGAACGAAGACAGCGUUAUGGCGGCCGUUCAAUAAAUCAAAUGUUUUAGGUUAACACUUCAAUAAUAAUUUGUAUCUGAAAUUAAAUACUUAAUAAAAAAAUAUAUGUAUAUAUA